AGAAAAAAAGAAAGAAAAAGGUUUCGAAAAACAAGAGCAUAGUCGUUUAGGUUAAAACGACAUGUCUAUAAAACUCGAACAAAAAAAAGCUGCUAAAAAAUAUCUUCCUCCUUAUCCAAAAUAUAUAUCGACGUUCCCAAAAGUGAGAGACAUCCCCUCGCUCCCUCACUCACUAUAAUGGCUUCACUUCGGCUUCCUUGUUCUCCAUCAGCUCCAUACUUGUCUACUGAUAAUCUAACAUUCCUUAAAACAGCUUUGUCAUCUCCUUUCCAUAAACCCUUCAAUCAAUCUAACAACAACACUUUCUCUCUUUCAAUUUCUCAUUCUCGUAUAAUACCAUUUAAAACCAAACACUUUAUUGUACAUUUCUCUGCUUCUGCAACUCAAGACCCAAUUCUUGAAUCCCAGUCACUGCUCGAAUCAAAGACUGAGAAAGAACAAGAACAAGAACAAGAAGAGUUUUCAACAACAAGAGUGCUUGCUUCGAAUGUUCCUUGGAAUUGUACUACUGAAGAUAUUCGUGCUUUGUUUGAGAAAUUUGGCACUGUUGUAGACGUAGAGCUUUCUAUGUAUAACAAGACGAGAAAUAGAGGAUUGGCUUUUGUCAGUAUGGGUUCUCCUGAGGAGGCAGCUACUGCUAUUAAAAGUCUUGAUUCUUAUGAAUUUGAGGGGCGUUCUUUGAAGAUGAAUUAUGCCAAGCUGAAAAAGGAAAAACCUUUACCACCACUGCCACCCAAGCCAGUGCCAACGUUCAAUUUGUUUGUUGCGAAUUUGCCAUUUGAUGCUAAGGAUAAUGAUCUUAAGGAGUUCUUUAAAUCUGAAGGAGCUGAUAUUGCCUCUGCUGAAAUUGUAUAUCAUAAUCACGAUAAGCCCAGAAAGCCUUCUGGAUAUGGGUUUGUUGCUUUCAAAACUAAAAAAGAAGCUGAUGCUGCUCUUUCUACUUUUGCAGAUAAGGUAUUUAUGGGAAGACCAAUUCGAGUGGCUCGUAGCAAACAAUUUGUGAGACAACCAAGAGAAGAGGGUCAGCAAUCUGAUGACACCUCAACUGACUUGAACAUUGGAGUGGAGCAAGCAGAUACAACUAAUGACAUAUGAAACAGACAUUUUUGGGGGGAGUUAAAUUUUAUUGCUCUUCAAUUUGCAAUAUUAUAGGUAAAUGUUUUUAAGUUUCAUCCUGACUCCUGCAAAAAGCGAUGUCACUAUUCUUUUGCCCUAUUCUGAGUAGUAGUGCAAUACCAAACAUACAUUUCUAUGAUACAGGUCUGACCGAAUUGUCUA